AUGGGUCGUGACCGUAGAGCACUGGGUAGUCAUACUGAGGUGAGGCAGCCAGCCUUGGUGCAUGCUGCUCGUCCCCAAGAGGACAGAGAUGCCCCAAAUGUUAUUAUGGGUACGUUUUUAAUUUUCAAUGUACCUUAUACUGCAUUGAUAGAUGUAGGAUCUACCCAUUCUUCUAUUGCCUGUACUGUUACUGAGAACUUGGGGAUUCUGGUUAAGAAUACUUCGAGUGGAAGUACUGUAUUUUGUCCGUUGAGGCAGUCCGUCAGAGUUAAUAAAUUGUUUAGAGAUGUCUCGCGAGAGGUACAAUGGGUUAUCUUUCUGACAGAUCUAAUGGAACUCCCUUUCAGAGAAUUUCAUUUGAUACUGGGCAUGGAUUGGUUAGUUAAACAUCGAGUGAUCUUAGAUUGUGCCACUAAACGGGUAGUACUGAGAACUGAGGAGGAUGUAGAGGUGGUGGUAAUUAGGGAACGACGAACUUACUUGAGUAUUGUGAUUUCUGCACUCAGAGCUGAGAAGUUGGUUCGUAAGGGUGGUGAGGCGUAUUUAUCCUACAUUAGUGCUUUAGAAUUCAAAGGUCUUUCUGUUAAAGAUAUCAGAACUACCAAAGAUUUUCUAGACGUCUUUCCUGAUGAGUUACCUGGGUUACCUCUAAACCGUGAAGUUGAAUUUGGGAUUGAACUCUUGCCUGUGGUGUUUAUAGAUGAUAUUCUGGAGUAUUCAAAGACUGAGGUUGAGCAUGAUGAACAUCUUCGAGGGGUACUGCAAAUUUUGAGAGAAGCAAUUGUACGCCAAGUUCAGUAA